AGGGAGCGGGAGGACAAGAGAGGGAGAGAGAGAGGGAGAGAGAGGGUGUGUGCAGACUCUGCGGCUCACACAUACAGGACUGAGCUGUGUCCGCCCCGCAUGGCUGCGGGUCCGCGGUGAAGUUAGAGGUGUGUGUGCGGGUUCUGCUGCUGGAGGACUGGAUUAUAACACAUAAACACACACGGUGUGGAGGACCGGGCCUGUAGAUGUUGGAUCAGGAUCAGAACCAGCGGGACCAUGUUUGCGUCGUGGCCGAGCGGAGCGGUACUGCUGCUGGGGAUUAUGUCUGCAGGUGUGUGUGGUGGCGACACGAACACCAUGGAGUGUGUUUACUACAACGUGAACUUUGAGCUAGAGCAGACGAAUCGCAGCGGCGUGGAGCGCUGUGAAGAAGACACAGACAAGCGCUCGCACUGUUACGCCUCCUGGAGGAACGACUCAGGAAGUGUUCAGCUGGUGAAGAAAGGCUGCUGGCUGGACGACUUCAACUGCUAUGACCGGUCAGAGUGCGUGGCCACAGAGGAAAGUCCUCAGGUUUUCUUCUGCUGCUGUGAAGGAAACUUCUGUAACGACAAAUUCACUCACCUGCCGGACACCAGUGGACCAUUGAUGAAGGCUCCGCCCCCCAGCCUGGGCAUGUACCAUAUGAUGAGUUACUGUCUGCUGCCUGUCACCAUGUUAUCUGCUGCUCUGCUCACUGCUGUGUGGAUGUACACACACAGGAAACCACCGUACAGACAUGUGGACAUCACUGAGGACCCUUGUCCUACUCCUGCCUCUCCACUGCUGGGUCUCAAGCCGCUGCAGUUACUGGAGGUGAAGGCUAGAGGGCGCUUUGGCUGUGUGUGGAAGGGUCAGGUGAUGAAUGAACACGUGGCCGUGAAGAUUUUCCCCAUUCAGAAUAAGGAGUCGUGGCAGAAUGAGCGAGACAUCUUCAUCAUUCCAGGAAUGAGACAUGAAAACAUCCUGAAGUACGUCGGUGCAGAGAGGAGGGGGAGUCACCUGGAGGCGGAGCUAUGGCUCAUCACCGAGUACCACGAGAGGGGCUCUCUGUGUGACUUCCUGAAGGGAAACGUGCUCAGCUGGUGUCAGCUGUGUCUCGUCUGUGAGUCCAUGGCGUGUGGUCUGUCCUACCUUCACGAGGAUGUCCCGAAACUCAAACCUGCCAUCGCUCACAGGGACUUUAAGAGUAAGAACGUCAUGUUACGUUCAGACCUCACUGCUGUGAUUGGAGACUUUGGACUCGCUGUCAUCUUUGAACCAGGAGAACCUCCAGGAGGGACACACGGACAGGUAGGGACCUGGCGUUACAUGGCUCCUGAGGUUCUUGAAGGAGCCAUUAACUUCCAGAGAGAUGCUUUCCUGAGGAUCGACAUGUACGCCAUGGGUCUGGUUCUGUGGGAGCUGGUGUCUCGCUGCACGGCUGCAGACGGUCCAGUGGAUCAGUACCUGCUGCCGUUUGAAGAAGACGUUGGUGUCCAUCCGUCCCUCGAGGACCUUCAGGACGUCGUCGUCCAUAAGAAGACGAGGCCGCUCUUCAAAGACGUGUGGCUCAAACACAGCGGCCUGUCUCAGGUGUGUGAGACAGCAGAGGAAUGCUGGGAUCACGACGCCGAGGCUCGUCUGUCCGCCGGCUGCGUGGAGGAGAGGAUCUCCCAGAUCCGCCGCCUCACCGCCACCAUCGCCACCAUCGCCACCAUCGCCCCGCCUACCUCUGACCACCGGGCCCCGCUGGUCUCCACAGUGACACCUGUUUCCAUGGUAACCAAUGUCGACCUGCCGCCCAAAGAGUCCAGUAUAUGAAGAAGAGUUUUUCUGUUUGGAGGAGCCUUUUUAUUUUUUUAUUUUUCUAACACACGCAUCAACUUCCUCUGAAUGACACACACACACACACACACACACUCUAUCUCCUUUUCUCAGUGGAAUUUAAAGCAGCUGCUAUUUGAGCGUUGGAUUUUUUUCUCUUUAUCCUUUUGGACAAAUACCAGCACGCACACACACACACACACACACACACAAACACACAUGCACACACACAUGCACAUGCACAGACACACACAGGUUCAGGUCUGACUCAGUGAAUGCUCGUCUUUCUCCUCAGCGAUGACUUUUCUUCCUUUUUAAUAAUUUUUUUAUCGUUCCUCCGUCACACCUGGAUCUACCUUCCUUCUUUCCUUCCUCCUUCCCUCCUUCCUUCCUGGCAACAGCGGCGUUACCUAGCAACCACCUUUUGUUUCCCACGAUGCCGCAGGAACUCGAUGACUGUUAACGCAGAAGUUUUUUCCUCAUGCUUGACGACACAUCACUGAAACAGGAAGUGAUGUCAGAGGGAGGGCUUUGGCUGCGUUUGAAUGCUGGGAUGUGAUUGGUCGUCAGGAGCCAGGAAGCAGGAAAUGUUCACACACAGUGAUUCGAUUGGCUGACUCGGAAAUAAAAAAAAACUUCUCAGGUUAACCAGGUCAAAGGGAAGGGGUGGGGCCAAUGCCAGGUGGGAGGUGUUUAUCUGAGGGUGCUCAAAGCCUAUUGGCUCUUAUGAAUAUGUGAAUUUACUCAGUGUACGACCUCAGGAGGUCACAGUGAGUGAGUGUGUGUGUGUGUGUGUUACGUCAAAGUCACGUGACCUUUGACCUUCCCUCACGUCUGCCAAUCAGCUCAGAGCUAAGGAACAGGAAGUGAUGUGAGGGAAUGAGUCAGUGAAAGGUCACAGAGGUCAAAGGACAUCAUCUCUUCAUCUUUUCUUGUUUUAUUUUUCAGGCCCAAACAAACACACACACGUUUUUAAACUAUUAUUAUUAUGAUGUUUUGUUAUUUCCGUGUUGCCAUAGUAACAGUGAAUGUCUACAACCAUGCUGCUGAUGAUUAAGAUGAUGAAUAUUUUUGUGUGUUUGAUUAUUUUACUUGUGUAUUUGUAUAUGUGUGUGUAUGUAUGUGUGUGUGUGUGAUGAACUGAGGGAACAGAUGUUCAGACAGAAGUAGUAGAACACAGAUCUCAGACCUCAGAACAGCAGAAAUACCUCAGAUUUUUUACGUGUGGUUACUUUGUUGCUAAGUUACAGAUGUUUGUUUUUGUUUACUUUGUUAUUGUUGUUUAGAGACAUGAAUGUUUUUUUUAUUCUGAUGAAACUCAACAGGUUUUUUUCACUCAAACCUCGACUUUAUAAAUAAAAUGUUUUGGCUUUUUUUCACUGGCUGAUCUGAACUGCCAAUCAAACCACCUGGACUGA